UCGUCCGGGCAGCACGCCUCGCGACAGAGAGUCAAGGAACCUCUAUGGACCUUCAUCUCCUCGUUCGUUGCAACACACGGCUCGAGCUAGAGCUCGCCUCGUAGUCUUUCCAUGGCUCUGCUCGACGACCUGCAAAGAGAUCGACGAGGGUCUGCGCAAGGGCGACGAACUGGAUCGGGUGCCAAUCCUAGUUGGGUCGCAUGGUCGUGCAGAGCGCAGUCGGCAGCCAGGUCAUGUUUGAAGGAGACCUACCAUGUUGAUGAGUGAAGGCUGACAGUUGACUCGUCGGUGCCGAUGUCUCGAGGCUGAGGUAAAUCUUUUCACCGAAAACAACUCGUCGCAAUUUCAUAGGGCGAUGCAUCGUUGGGCGAAUCGCGUGGGCAGCAGCUCCUCAACUCCAACCUCCAGUCUUUUGAGCAAGCAGAUGGCCAGCCGUUCGGGGCUAGCAGCCUUGGCCCGAUCGAGCAGCAGGGUGCCGCAACGGGCGAUAGCUGCCCAACCUAACUUGGCCAGCCUGUCUGGCCUCUCGUCCGCUUCUACGAGCACGCAUCAACACUCUGCGAGUAUACACUCCUCUUCGCAACGCUCCCUACCAUCCAAGCUGCUCGCAAGACCGACAGCGAGCUCUGCGGUCCUCGUUCCUGGCGCUGCGGCUCUCAAGCGACAGUAUGCCAGCGAGGCCAGCUCGGGAGGUCAUGAGAUGACGGUCAGAGAGGCACUCAAUCAGGCUAUGGAGGAAGAGAUGACGGCGGACGAUCGUGUCUUCAUCAUGGGAGAGGAGGUUGCCCAGUACAACGGCGCUUACAAGAUUACAAAGGGACUGCUAGACAAGUUUGGCGAGAAGCGCGUCAUCGAUACUCCCAUCACAGAGUCCGGCUUUGCAGGCCUGGCAGUCGGUGCCGCGCUCGCAGGUCUCCGACCGGUUUGCGAGUUCAUGACCUGGAACUUCGCCAUGCAAGCUAUCGACCAGAUCGUCAAUUCAGGCGGCAAGACCUACUACAUGUCAGGCGGAUCCACACCUUGCCCCGUCACUUUCAGAGGACCCAACGGUGCUGCUGCCGGUGUAGGCGCCCAACAUUCUCAGGAUUACGCUUCCUGGUACGGCCAAGUGCCGGGAUUGAAAGUCGUGAGCCCGUGGUCCGCAGAGGACUGCAAGGGAUUGCUCAAAGCUUGCAUUCGUGACCCUAAUCCCUGCGUCUUUCUGGAGAAUGAGAUCCUGUACGGUCAAUCUUUCCCAGUGUCAGAGGCAGCAACAAAGGACGACUUUAUCUUGCCGAUCGGCAAAGCAAAGAUCGAACGCGAAGGCAAAGACAUCACCGUCGUUGCGCAUAGCAAGAUGGUAGGACACUCGCUCGAAGCAGCGGAGAUCCUCAAGAAGGAAGAGAACGUCGAUGUUGAAGUCAUCAACCUGCGUAGUAUCAGACCGCUCGACAUGGACACCGUCAUCGAGAGCGUCAAGAAGACCAACAGACUGGCUGUCGUCGAAGGAGGCUUCCCUAUGUUCGGUGUCGGCUCAGAAGUCGUCGCUGCCUUGUGCGAGAGCGAUGCCUUCUUCGCGCUCGAUGCUCAACCCGAACGCAUCACAGGAGCAGACAUUCCUACGCCGUAUGCUGCCAAUCUAGAAGCCUAUGCAUUCCCAGACACAGAGUUGAUCGUCAAGGUGCUCAAGCGAUCGCUCUACAGGACUUAG